AUGAUUCACUCGUUUGCGGUGCAUGACGAUCCCAAAGUGUUGGAGACACCAAGGCUUCCUUCUCCCAUUCGGCCAAACAGCUACUUGUAUCCAACAUCAAACGGGGCAGCUAGGUUGGGAAAGCAAAAGGCUUGGAGAAAAUCAGCUCCGCUAUACUCCACUAACGGUACUGCAGGAGGAACGGGAGAGAAUCGAUUUGAUGCACGAUUCAAGAUCCUCAUGUUGGGAAACUCCGGUGUCGGUAAAACUUCCAUACUGCGAACCCUAAUGGGAGAGCCUUUCAAUCCCGGUACUAUAUCCACAAUUGGCAUCGAUUUAGCGAAGAAAAUCUUUAUUGUUGAAGGCAACCGCAUUCAGCUGGAAAUUUGGGACACAGCUGGACAAGAACAGUACUACUCCAUCGUUGCGCUGCACUUCAGAGAGGCCAAGGCUUUCAUCGUUGUCUACGACGUUACCGACCUGCGCACCUUUGAACAAAUCCGAAAAUAUUGGCUCCGCUCAGUCGAUGAGCACAUGGACGAACCCGUUCCUGUGUUCUUUGCUGCCAAUAAAGUAGACCUCACAUCACAAAGAGUAGUCACUGCAGAAGAGGGAGAACAACUUGCAUUGCAACAAUGUGCACAUGGACAUUUCGAGACAAGUGCAAAAAGCGGACAGAAUAUAAACGAACUGUUUCAGCGCGUAGCGGAUUCCAUGGUGGCUACGUGGGGUGCCCCGAGGCGGUGGUACGAGGUGACGGAAAACGGUGAAGUAGGGACACAUUGGCCGAACCAGAUGCCAGUUCGACAAACUGUCCAACUCAGCUAUCCAAUUGAACAGCCGCCAAAGUCUAGAUGCUGUCAGCUAAAAUGA